AUGGAAGACGUCGCAAUGCUGAUCACAACCGAGGCGAAGAAAGCGAGAAGCAGCCGAGGUCGUCAACGGAUCGAAAUCAAGAAACUGGAAGUGGAAAGCAAACGUCAAGUAACUUUCUCCAAACGAAGACAAGGGUUGUUCAAGAAAGCUAAAGAGCUUUCGACGUUGUGCGGGGCCGACGUUGGUGUCCUCACGAUAUCGAAAUCCGGAAGAGUAUACACCACCGAUGAUGUUGACAUAGUCCUCGAUCGACGUCUAGCUGAGUCAUCACCCAGUCACGGCAAUGAUUCGGUGCGAAGGCAGAACGAAGUUGUGGAGCGACGUACUAAUGCGGGGUUUGGGUUGGACGAGUUAAUUGAGAACUUAGCGGUGGAGAAGCUGGUGGAGUAUGUGGCGGCGCUUAAGGAGUUGAGAGAGAAAGCAGCUUUUAGAUUGGAGGAGCUUAGCAUCCAAGAUUCUUCUUAUUUAUGGCCAUUCGUUGCUGAUCGAGAAGUGACUAAGGAUGAAUUUGUAAACAAUUUCAUGGCUGAAGUAAAAGAUUAUAAUUAG